GGUUGCCUUCCAGCGGACCGUCUGGACGGGGAGGGGGGCCGCCUGCCUUCCGCUUCUCGGCUGGAUUGACACACAAUGAGGAGUCAAGGCAGCGUAGACGCUGCAUAAACGCCGCUGUAAAUAAAAACAGCCAUCACUGAGGCUAGUGAAACAUGGAAAAUCAGUGCACAGUGCAGGUGAAACUGGAAUUGGGCCACAGAGCUCAGCUGCGAAAGAAAGUCACAUCAGAGGGCUUCACCCACGACUGGAUGGUGUUCGUCCGAGGGCCAGAGAACGGCGACAUCCAGCACUUUGUAGAUAAGGUUGUCUUCCGCCUGCAUGAGAGCUUCCCCAAACCCAAGAGAGUAUGCAAGGAGCCCCCAUACAAAGUGGAGGAGUCGGGUUACGCAGGCUUCCUCAUGCUGAUUGAGGUGUACUUCAAGAACAAGGAAGAGCCAAAAAAGGUGUGUUUCAACUACGACCUAUUCCUGAAUUUGGAGGGUAAUCCUCCUGUUAAUCACCUUCGCUGUGAGAAGCUUACCUUCAACAACCCCACCAAAGAUUUCAGGAAAAAGCUGAUCAAAGCCGGAGGGGUAUUGGUGGUUCCGGAGGUGGCUGAAGCAGUGUCAAGGCCCAGUCCAGACUAUCCAAUCCUCCCCACCAUCCCCCUCUCAGCCUUCUCAGAUCCCAAGAAAACCAAGACCUCUCAUGUGUCAAAGGAACCCAGCAAAGAAGGAGGUGGUGGCAGCAGCAAAGGACCCAAACCGCACAAGAUGACCAAGGAGCACCGUGAAAGACCCCGGAAAGACUCGGAGAGUAAAACCUCGUCGAAAGGGGACAUUGACAGAGAUGGAAGUAGCAAGAGCGGCCGUGACUCUUCCUCAUCCUCGUCUUCGAAAAAGCCAUCAGAGAUCAAAGUUAAAGAAGAAGUCAAAGUCCUGCCCAAGGCAGCCUUCAAGGAGCCCAAACUCACCCUGAAGGAGUCAAAGAUGGAGGGCAUGUCUCCAAAAGGAGGGGGUGCUGGAAGUGGAGGGGGUGGGGGUGGGGGAGGAGGCGGAGGAGGAGUUGGGAGUUCUGCAGAAUCCAAAGCCCCCAGCAAAAGACCUUCUGCUGUGGAGUCUCCCAAACCCAGUGUGAAGAAGCAGAAAAAGGGCAGCUCUGAGGGGCCCAAAGGUCCGUCUGGUGGUGCUUUCACAGGUUCCCCUCGUGUGUCGUUGUCUUCUGCUGCCAGUCAGCCCUACGCUGACAAGAAACACUCCAAGGAAAAAGGUCGCUGGGCCAAAAGCAAAAACGACACGCAGGAUUUGAAAGAACCCAAAAAACUACCCGAGUCGGAAGAGUCGAACUCAGAAGAUGACGCAUCUUCCAAGUCUGAGCAAUCAGCUCCUUCCAGUCCUUCAAACUCCAGUUCCAGCUCGGACUCCAGCUCAGACUCUGACUUUGAGCCGGGACAGAAACCGGGACAAGGUCCCCUGCGAUCCAUGGUGGAGGAGAUCCAGUCAGAGGAGUCAGACGAUGAUGACAGCAGCUCAGAGGACGGGACCCCCAUUAAAACCAAUCCCCCCAACCGUGAUUCUCGACUGAGCCUGGACAGCGAGAGUGACAGCAGUGACGGCUCGCACCGCCCCAGUCGAGACCCCGUCCCACCCCCGCAGAAACACAGCUCCUCCAAUAAUAAAGUGUCUGGCAGGAAGAGUCCAGACUCCUCGUUCCGUUCCGAGAAGGUGUUGAAGAAGGGAUACGACAAGGUAGGAAGGGCGUACACAGAAGAGUUAGUGGACCUCCACCGCAGACUGAUGGCAUUAAGGGAGCGUAAUGUCCUGCAACAGAUCGUCAACCUGAUCGAGGAGACGGGCCACUUCAACGUGACCAACACCACCUUUGACUUUGACCUCUUUUCACUGGACGAGUCCACCGUCCGUAAACUACAGAGCUACCUGGAGGCGACGGCCACGUGACAGCAAGCGGAGACGGUGGUCGCGACAUCUCCUCAAGUAGCGGCUUGUUCAUCGGCCCGACUGAAUCACUGAACGGCAAGCAACCACACAACACGCGCAAGAAUAAAGAAGCACACAUGAAGACGCCGCACUUUGACGCCAUGUUGGCGAGGGGCAGCGGAGAACCGACAGAUGUUUAGGAGGGCGGCACGGCAACGGGAGAGUUGCAGAUGACAGCGGGAGAGGAGCGCCACAGGAAAUCAGUCAAAUGACACGACAGAAUUUUCCAGAGGUGUCAUUUUGGCUCGCCGACUUGUGGAAUUCAUCCCUUUCCCUUUUCAGCUCUUCACCAACUCUCCUCAUCCUCCUUCCCUUUGACACUCCUUACUGGCCAGAUCACUCCACAGCCCCCCCCCCCCCCCUGCAUUCAGCUGCGUUCGGCCUUCACAGUUACUGACGUCUCUUAGUUUGGAACGCACGCGCAUGUACCUCCCAGCUUCACACGCACACACUGUACACGUAAAACCGUGCGUGUUGCGCAUCCCUGUUUAGAUGGCAUCUCUACUUUCUCGACAUCUAAAUAUGCAUUGUGUUGACUUGCCCCUUGCACUGAAACCUGAGCUGUGACCUCCCGCCAACAGCCACUCUCUUUCUCCCUCUCCAAGCGCCCCCCUCCCACUGCAUCCCUUCCAUGUCAGCAUGCACCAAAGGGCUUCACUGCUGGUCGCUGGUGCGCUCCUGAAUCGCCUACUGGUGGGUUUUUAACACUAACAAACGUAGCCAUACUCUUCUCCCAGAAUCCAAAAAUAAGGAAAAGUAGGGGUCAUGCGCCCCCUCCCCCUUUUUAAUUUGUUUUUUUUUUAUAUUGUAUUUUUCUACAAGUACAUUUGUGUUUCUACUCCCAGAUUUGCGGUUAAACGACCUUGUGAGCUAUGAAUGUAUAUCGCUUUUAUUUUUCUACGCCCAACAGCAACAAGCCCACUCUAGUGCCUUUCUGCAGUGUGAAGUGGGUGUUCCCAAGCAUCCUCCCCUGCUUCACUUUGGGAGGGGGGGAACCAAGUGUUCAUCGGGCUGCCUGAUUAUUCAGUAUUGUCUUAAUGGCUUCCUUUUUCUUCCUCAGUGUCCUUGUAGGCCGUUGACCCUCGUAACCCUCCCUCGUCAUUUCUGUAGAAGCUGUACAAUGUUUUGACUGGUGUUCAUGUUCUUGCUUUCUGCCACUAGCUCAGUGUUGAAUGUGUGUGUGGGGGGGGGGGUACGUGAUAUGAACUAGCUGGAGAAACUGUUGAUUUGGGCUGCUGUGUGUAUGCACUCUGGCUGGCUGGCAUGUGGCCUCCGGGAAACAUGAAGUGGAAUAUCAAAUCUUCAAGAGCUCAGUUCAGUCUAAUCAAAACGAACUCCAAACAUUUGACAGAAUUCUUCAGAACGCUCUUGGGGGUGGGGGGUGGGGGGCACUCAAGGGGACAGGGAAUCUAACCAGUUGACUUCCUCGUCCAUGAAAGUCAUUGAAAUGUUCACACAAGUUUUGAAAUUGCAAGUUGAUGUCACAAGACGGCAGCCAAGCACUAGCCUGUCUAGAUGAAACUCCUCCCUUCGCGUCAACAUAAUUUCUUGUUACCAAGAAACCAGAAGAUGGUAACAGGCAAUUGUUUGCCAGAGAAACACCACGCAGCAGCCCACCCAGGUCGAGGUCCACACCUUCACCGAGCGCGUCCUUUGCCGCUCUGCCUUUUGUGUAUUUAUUCUGACCUUUGUGUAGCUUUAAUACUCUCGUGUCUGCGUGUUGUGGGGGGCCGCCCCUCUGCUGACUGUAAACGCAGUUGAUUUGAAACAGUCUCACCCAGGCCUUCACCAGCCUCCCCGCCCCGCCCCCCUGACCAUCCAGCCUGUGCCUCUGUCGACAAAACCUCCGACUCCCAGUAACUGUGUGAGCAAGAUGACAACAAGCCUGGUGUCGUCUUCUCCAUAUACGUCCUAGUUCAUGAACUCUGACCGUUUGACCUGCUACUCUUUUAGCCCCUUGUGUUGGCGACUGGGGCGUUGGAGUGGAUGUUGACCCAAGAGAAGCCCUGCCGUGUCCCCACAGUCAAUGUUUUAUUUAUGGACCUCUGCACUUUUGGCUGUGAUGACUUCAGUACUUAAAUAGUUACCUAAACUGUAUUUUUAAGGAUUUUAUACAAUAUUUACAUGCAAUAUGAUAUUAGGUUGUUGUUUUGCCAACUUGUUUUUGUUUAUUUAACUGUCUUGAAUUUGCGCAUGACCUGUCACCAUUAGUCACCAACAAACAUGCUUCUCAAAGCAAUUUUUUUGGCCUGAACUGUUUUUUUGUGGGGUUUUUGGGCACGCUCCCUGUAAAGUUUUUGUGUAUCUCAUCACAGCUGAGCACCAAGAAGCAGGCGUCGCUGACUGGCAUUCGUUUGCUGGAUGACCUCAAUUUAAUCACUGUUCUGCUUCCAGUCACAAUAACUGGACCACAGCGUGGACGCCACACUUUUGUUCAGGGAGCUGUUAAGCUAAAAACAAACAAAACAUUUAUUUUUUAUUCCUUGGUGCGUUUUGAUUGUUGUUUGGUUUCUUAGAUGAUGCGCUCCCUCGGCACAAACGCAUAAUAGGAAAGGAGCGGGACUUGAGAAUUGGAGGCUAAGGGUCAAUAAUCUGCUGUGUGCAUCUUUACAAGUUAAAAAAAAACAACAAAAAACAAAACUUGAGAGUCCAAAUGUUGAUGUUUGUGGGCAGGGCGUAUGUGAAUCUAGAACGCUUAUUCAUUUCUUUGACUGGGCAGGGACAGGGGGAUGCUUUGAGGAAAUAUCUGGCAUCACCUGGAUGUGGUCAAUGCAGAACAAACCAACUGGAGUGCACAUGAGCAACCCAAUUUGGUCAGACAAACUUGGCAUUGGAAUGCCACCAUGUGGCCAUAUGAUGCAAGUUGUCAAACACAAAAUGUGUUAUUUUAAUUUUUUUUAAAUCAUAAUAAAGUCAUGAAAUACUGUU